AGAAAUCUUAGCAGAAUGAAGCGCAUCAGCGAGAAAAAGCUUGAGGCCUUUACGGUCGGUACAUUUUCCAAGCGGCAAUUGUCCAAAAAGGAAUUAGAGGAGCAGAAAAAGAAGGAAGAUGAAGCGGCUGCGGCCCACGCCUUUAAAGAGUUUGUGGAGACCUUUCAAGAAGCGCCCACGGCCUCAUCAAAGGUGUGGGUAAAGGCCGGUACAUACGAUGCGGGCUCCAGGCGAGAGGACAAAAGUGAGAAAGGCAAGCUAUACAAACCGGGAUCGAAACUGGUUGAAAGAAGCGCAUCUGAAAAGGCGGAGGACUACGCAAAGCUUCUGGCAUCUGAUCUCAAGAAGGAUCCCGCACCUCUCAAAAAGAAGAAUCAGGAGAAGAAAAAGAGCAAUUUAGAGUUGUUCAAGGAGGAACUGAGACAAAUACAAGAAGAGCGCGAGGAACGGCACAAAUACAAGCAUAUGGCGGUGGCGAGUGCCCCAGUGGCGCAGCAGCCACAACAACAGGCGCAAGCUCCGAGCACUUCUCAGUCUCAAUCGGCCAAUGCUCGAGAUGCGGGCGGUUCAUUUGACACCGGCGAUCCGAAUACAACGAAUCUUUAUUUGGGCAACCUGAAUCCAAAGAUAUCUGAACAACAGUUAAUGGAAAUUUUUGGUCGCUAUGGUCCACUGGCAAGCAUUAAGAUCAUGUGGCCACGCUCUGAGGAAGAGAAGCAGCGUGGCCGCAAUUGUGGAUUUGUGGCGUACAUGAGUCGCAAAGAUGCUGAACGUGCGCUGAGGACUCUGAAUGGCCGGUAUAUAAUGGGAUAUGAAAUGCGCCUGGGCUGGGGCAAGACAGUGCCCAUUAUGAAUACGCCCAUCUUUGCGCCGCAGGCCCUACUCGAGCUCACGUUGCCGCCACCACCGUCGGGGUUGCCUUUUAAUGCUCAGCCGCCACCUAGCGAGGCGAAUACAUUGCCCAAGAAGAACUACAAGGACUAUGACACCAUUGAGGACAAGGAGAAUAUGGAAAGAGUUCUAAGCAAGUCCGUCGUAAAAGUCUUUAUACCGACUGAGAAAUCUGUGCUCAAUAUUAUACAUCGCAUGAUCGAGUUUGUCAUACGCGAGGGACCCAUGUUCGAAGCCUUGAUUAUGAGCCGUGAAAUGGAAAAUCCACUCUUUUCAUUUCUCUUUGACAACGAGAGUCCGGCGCACAUUUACUAUCGCUGGAAGCUGUUCUCACUGCUGCAGGGAGACACGCCCAGCGAGUGGCGAGAGCAGCAGUUCCGUAUGUUCAAGGAUGGGCCAGUAUGGAAGCCUCCUGUGGCCAAUUUCUACACGCAAGGCAUGCCCGACGAGCUGGUUGUUGAUCCCGAUGCACCCGUUGUGCACAAGGGCGCCUUAUCGAACGCACAACGCGAUCGCCUCGAAGAUCUAAUACGCCAUUUAACACCAGAGCGCGCACGAAUCGGAGAUGCGAUGAUAUUUUGCAUUGAACAUGCUGAUGCAGCUGACGAGAUUUGUGAGUGCAUUGCUGAAUCGUUAUCAAACCAAAAGACCCUGGCUUCCAAGAAGAUUGCGCGGCUGUAUCUCAUUUCUGAUAUAUUGCACAACUGCACCGUAAAGGUGUCGAAUGCCUCUUUCUUCCGCAAAUCCGUGGAAAAGCAAUUGGUGGACAUUUUCGAGAGUCUUCACAACUAUUAUUUGGCUAUAGAGAGUCGCCUGAAGGCAGAGGGCUUCAAAACGAGAGUCUGCAAUGUCAUACGCACCUGGGAGGAAUGGACUAUUUACCCAAAGGAUUUCUUAUCACAAUUGCACGCCAUAUUCCUGGGCCGUCAGUAUCCAUUGCAGACCACUUCACCAGCCCAAGCUGAAGAAUCUCGCUCCGAGGAGGCCUUGGAUGAGGACAUUGACGGUGCUCCGCUCUCAGGAGAAGAUAAAGACGAUGAGGAUUUGGACGGUGUGCCGCUUGAUGGGGCUGCUUUGCUGAAGAGCGCUCUGAAACUUGCUCUACCGGACUCAGCGGUAGCUACGCAACAGCGAGACACACCGAAGCGAGAACAAUAUCAUGAUGAAAUCGAUGGAGUGCCCUUGGAUGAUGAUCUGGAUGGUGUGCCACUGGAGCAAAUACGAAAAUCCUCAGACACAAAGUCGCAAGCCAAGAUGCCCGGAUUUAUACCAUCCAAGUGGGAAACGGUUGACCCGCAACAAGUUGAGGCGCAGGCCAUAACCACUAGCAAAUGGGACACACUCGAUCCACCAGAUCCGCCAAAAUUCUUCAGCUCGGAUGAGGACAGCGAUGGAGAUAGUUCAAACAAAUUCAAUGAUGAAAAGCGGCAAAAGCUUCGCGAAAUCGAAGUCAAAGUCAUGCAGUAUCAAGAUGAGCUAGAAUCGGGAAAGAGACGAUUGGAACCUGGCUGGUCAAUGUCCGAACAGGUUGAAUACUAUCGCAAGCGUUUGCUCAAGCGGAACUCUCCUACGAAUUCUGUCGACUCGCCGUUGAGCUACAUACACACAAAAUCAAAGAGUAUGCAGCGCAGUGAGAGUCCUGAUCCCCGGCAUGCGUCCAGUUCUUACUACAGUAGCAACUCUCGCUCCAGUCCCAACCCUCGCAGCAGUCGCAAGCGCUCCCACUCCCCAUUGAGUGGAGGUGAGAGCAGUCGCAGCUCCAGAUCUGCCAAGCGAAAUCGCUCACGAAGCCAAUCGGACUCGCCCAAGCGCUACUCAGAACGUUCGAGCCGCGCAUCGCGUAGAUCUCCGUCGCCAGCGUCAUCCUAUAGCUCACGUUCGAAUCGACGCAGCGUAUCGCCGGGGCGUCACCGGACGGACAAGCACAAGCACAAACAUCGUCAUUAAAGUUUUGCAGAAUUCUUUGUAAUUAAAUCUUCAUAUUUUCAGUAAUUCAAGUA